CAGUACAGCACAGGGAUUAUGUGUGUCUAGGGCGUGUUGUUGGCGAGUUUGCCUUCCGCAAUAGCCCCGCGGACGGCGUGCCACGCGUGUCUACAGUGCAUUGAACAGUACUCGAGCAUGCCGAAAUCUCCCCACAUUGCCCCACCGCGAAUGGCCCACUGGGAGUUGCGGCAACCGCCACGUGUGCAAAAUGUGGUAGCCGCCGGGACGCCAGGCCACACCCUCGAGUUUCCUCCGUGUGCCUCCUGACUCUUUGAAAGGCCGCCGCGUGGCGGCUGUUUGUAAUUUUUGCUGCCCGAACGAGCAGAUUUCGGACCGCAGAGGCAUGCGACCUGCACCAAGCGAGCCCCCGAAAUGUCGGGUGGAUAAGGGGCGGGGAGAAUGCAAGGCUUAGGCUUCAUUCGCCGUUCGAUUUUUUUUCUGGCGCUUGCAACCCGGAAUAGUUCGAUCGUCUGCCCGCAACACUACUGUUUUAGGGAGGAGCGGCCCACAGAUCACUGUAGCUCAGCAGCAGCUUUAGGCGAUCUGCCGUCCGCAAGCUCUACUGUACAUCUUAUGUAAUCGGCUUGCUAGGGACUGGGUCAAGUAAAGCAGCACCCGUAUUGGAGGACCAGCGACAGCAAGAAAAAAGGCUAGACAAAAAAAGACGACGGAAAAGCUGCAUUUGCUGCUGCGGUGCCGCGGUAAACAUUGUCGCAAGGCGAGAACCGCUUCCCCGUUUAGGUUCAGACACUAUGUACAGCCCCCGUCCGAUCGACGGUACUAGGUACGGUACAGCCGCAGAUCUGGCCUGUAUGGCGAACCGCGACCUCCCCGAGGUGCCGCCUGCCAGUCCGUGCCUGCUCGUCUGGUUCGGUGAGCACGUCAAAUCUGGUACGGUCGCAGGCUCCGGCAUUGCACCUUUCUUGGAACACGGGGCCCAUGCUGGUUCGGCUCAUACCGCCGCUUCGCGAUAUGAUGGUUCCUCUGGGCUGUACUACCUUCCCAAGAUUUGGACGUCAAUCCGGCCUGGCUUGCCUGGCGGCCCGCCGGCGCUUCGCAGCCGAACCUCAGCGCGAGGUGAAGGCGGCCCCUUACAGCAGGCGGGAUGGGAGGAGCAGCUCGAGUGCCACCUCCAUCAUCGGCGCCGCGAGGUGGUCGCCCGCCCCUUCCAGCAGUGCUGUCGCGGCGACGAAUCGCGAUCGUCGAUCCGAGCAUAAAAACGAGCCAUCAUCAACCAUUUUCUCACCAGCCAACGCCCUCUUCGCCCACUCGCAUCGAGGUCAGACCUGCAGCCUAAGCGUGGUUUCUCCGACCAUUCUACGCCGGUCCCAGCCGCUUACCACCGAAGCCAACCGCUUCAGCAUCAUCAUAGGCUGCUCCGCCGUUUUUUUCUGCUCCCUCGGAGAUCGUCGUCAACGCCAUCAGCAGAAGCAUGGCUCCUUCGUCUGUGACCAGCGGCCACAGCCGGCUCCUCUCUGGUGCUUCUUCCAACUGCUUCUUGGAGCCCAAGACUGGCUUGCAGACGAAGACCGGCGCGACCAGUGCCAAGAUGAUGAUCAACGGCUGUUCUUUCAGAAGCAAUGUCUCAGGGAGCACCAAUGCUGCUGCUGCUGUGGCUGCGCUGCUGGUGAUGCUGCUGGCGGCAUCGGCUCUGCCGCUGAGCGUGCGCGCCAGUGAGAACAAGCUGCUGCCCUGCACGUACUCCGGCCUCAAGGGAUACACCUCGUCCUCGUCUCCCUUCAAGGGUUUGCGCCUGCACUGGAAGGUGGUCGGCGGCAAGACAGUCAAAAUCGACCUGCGCGCCUCGCCCGCCCUCAGCAAGGGGUGGUUCGGCGUGGGGUUCUCCACGGACGGCGAGAUGACGGGCGACGCCAUAGUGGUGCCGUCCAAGUCCGCCACUGCGCCCAAGAUCCUCGCGCUCACGGGGGAGAGCGGCUCCUCAGUGGCUGAAAGCACUGACUGGACUCCAGCGAAGAUGUCUAUAAAGAGGACGGGCCGUGGGGCUUCCCUCAAGUUUGAGCGCACUGCAAGCGAUGGCAGCAUUGUCACCAUCAACCCCAAGGGCAAGAACAUCCUCAUGUUUGCGUACAAGACCACGGCUUGGGACACUAACGAGGAGCAUGAUAAGGACGCGCACGUCAUGGUUGACUUCGCCUGCAACCCCUGCAAGCGCCCCCUUGGCUUCCUCUUCUGCCGGGGCUGACUUGCCCCCAUGGGGUGCAGUCCGUGUCUCAAAGAUUUAUCCGCCUCGGAAAUAGACUUCUGCUGGGCCUGACGCUCCUGGCGGUCUGUCUGUCAGAUCCAGGCUUAGAUUAAGCGGGGUAGAAGAGGGGGUGGGAGGAGGGGGGAGCUGCUGCUGGGAACGUUUCUUGGCUUUUGUUAGAGGCUCAUUGCUUAGCUUUGGUGUACUGUACUACCUGCCUAUGAUCUCCAUUCCGGGUGUGCGAUGUGGUACAGUGUGGUGGGUGGGCUGUUUAGUUCCUACCUAUGCAUCAAUCUCUCUAUUGAAAGGUCUCUG